CUCUCGAUCAAGUCGCCGUCGAUGCCGUCGAUGCCGUCGAUGCCGUCUUUCAAAGGGAUGAAGUCGCCCUCCAUGCCAUCCUUGCCCUCCAAUGUCCUGGCAAAGGGCGGGAUCGGAGGCCUCGCCAAAAAGCUGUCGUCGAGCAGCAUCUCGCACGAUGGCGACGCCCUGGUGGGUGGCUCCGUCGACUUUGAGGUGGUGGUGCGCGAGCAGCAGGGAGGCGAGGAGAGGGCCUACGCCACCACGCUCACCAAGACGAUGCUCGCCAAGCCCCUCUCAAAGGCGCUGAUCGGCCCUCUCCUCUCGGAGCUUGGCAAGCAGGAUCGCAACGCGUGCCGGUUCAAGAUCUGCCACGUGGUUGGCGUCGGCGUGGAUGACGAGCAGCUGCACGCGUGGGCCAUCUAUCGGCUGUCGGUGCGCAAGUUGCUCAAGGCAAAGGCGGAGAGCGAGGGCGGCACGCUCGUCGAAGGGGACAAGUUCCGGGUCACCGUGACUCUCCGCUCCGAAGAGGAGCUCCAAGUGAUGCGCUCUGCGCGUGAGGCUGCGGCAAAGAGCCUGAUCUUGUCGCGCAAGGGCGCCGUCUUCCUCAUCCACGGACCCGAGGGGGAGCCCCUCGCCGCAAAGGUUGGCCCCGGAUGGCUCAAGAAGACGGUGCGCGCCUCCCUCAUCCAGCCCUUUUUGCAAGCCUACAACGAGCAGGGCCACGUGCGGCAGUGGGUGCGCGAGGACGACCUGCUCGGCGUCACCGUGCGAGCGUACGACGCGCCGGCCGGCCGGGGCACCUACUUCGACACCUGGGAGCACCGCCCCUUCGAGCAGCGCUGCCCCUCCCGCCCCGCCCUCGAUGGGCCAGCUCUCACCCUCCCCCGCCACGGCGCUCACAGGAGCUGCACUGUCCUCGUCCUCCGCAUCCGCGGCGGCAGCUGGGAGGAGCCCUCCUCGCCGCAGUCCAGCUCGCACGAGGCAUCGAUGCACGGCGCCGGCGGCCCCACGCACGGCUUCUCGCCGCGCCCAAAGGCGGCCGCCCAGGGGUCCUACCGCCUCUCGGCCGGGGACGUGCAGGCCGAGAUGGCGUCGCCGGAGCCGUCCGGCGCGAAUCCGUUCCUCGCCGCCUCCCCCUUCAGCGCCGAGGAGGCGGCCGCCACCGGCCGGACCCCAACUCGGUGCGCGUACCUGCAGGCGGAAACCUUCUCUCCGCCUGGCUUUGCGGUGAGCAGCAACCCCUUCCUCUCUCCCGGCUCCGUCUCCUACCUCUGAGAGAGCGGCGGGCCGCGCAUUCGGUGGCUCCGGCUACCAUCCUACUAGCAUGUGGCGCAGCCUCCUGGCAUAGGGAGUCGGGGCGAGCAGCCCCUUCCCGACUGGCCGCACGGCCUACCUUGGUCGAGGCGCUCGCCCCGGGAGAGCCUUGAGAGGAGCCCGGUACGGCUCACUCGCUGGCGCAGCAGCGGCACACGGCUUCUGAUCGAGCAACGUGCGACGUGGGCUGCGGCCGGCCUCGCGAGGCAGCGAUGUGUACACCAUCGUCGCGCCGGGCAGUUCAUGCGCACAGACACACAAAUAUCACAAUCGUCGCGUCCUCCUCUUGUUUGUACGUUGUGAGACCGGUUGUGUACGUUCUACGGGAUAUCUGCCGUUGCC